ACGUGACCUCCCUGUUUUCACCCAGUUAAACGCAUGUACUUAAAAGACUGGCUCUUCCAUUCACCCACACAAACACGAUCAGAACAAUAUCCAUGUCCACAAGGUAAGAUCGACACGCUGAUUGCCGGGAGCGGACCAUGGCGGCUGCCACCAGCAGCAACACAUCUACAGCCACGCUUCAGCAGAUAAAGCACCCCAGUAUUGAGCAUACACGGAAACGCAUAGACCCAAGGAGGAGGCAAGCAGCGCUGUCCUUUCUCAGCAACAUUUCUUUAGACGGACGACCCGUGCAAGACGAUGCAGACGAUCAGAACCAGGAGGAUAACUCGCUGGAAGCACGGACUAGACAGAGCCUGGUUUCUCUGGAGCGCUUCGGGGCGCACGGCGCUGCUGGCACCGCCGAGGCUGCGGCUGCCGCUGCAGCGACCACGGCCACCCAGGCGCUCGCUUUAGCAACCCAGGCUCGGCUCGCCAGCUGGGGCAGCUGUGGGAUGGGUUCCGCCGCUGCCCCGGCGUCUGCAGACACUGAGGGCGACGCUUUUAUGCCCUCCACGUUCAACUCGCCUUUCUCCGCGGUCCCAGUGGCAACCAGAGGGAGGCUGCAGACUUACACUCAGGGAAUCCUUCCUGCCGCCUACUCCAGGCAGUUCUCCCCGAGCUUCAGCCUGGAGGGCGGACAGAUAGAGCAGCAGAGGUCAAGGAGAAGACUCAUCUCUCAGCGCUCUUCGUUAGAAACUCUAGAAGACAUUGAGGAAAAUGCUCCUUUACGCAGAUGUCGAACCCUAUCGGGUUCACCCCGACCAAAGAGCUUUAAGAAGAUCCACUUCAUAAAGAACAUGCGGCAACACGAUAUACACAAUGGAAGGAUAGUCCUUAUCAGUGGCAGAAGAUCCUUCUAUAGUGUAUUUUCUGUCCUGCCCUAUCAAGAUUGUAGCCAAGCAGGGGACAUAAGGGCGGAAGGGCGUCAGCGUCACCCGUCAGGAGGCGUAAGUGCCAAGGAAAUGGUGAUUGGACUGGAGGGAGUGGAGUUGGGAGCAGAUGGAAAGACUGUUUCGUACACCCAGUUCUUGUAUCCCACCAACGUUCUGGGCGGUCGAAGGAACACCAUUGACUCUACCUCGUCCUUCUCUCAGUCUCGAAACGCGAGCCACCGCAGCCUCAGUCUGGGCAGAGCCAACAGCAACCAGAGCAGCUUGGACACAGGGAACGACUUCGGAGACUUUCGCGAGUAUGACCCCAACCUGCUGGAUGACCCACAGUGGCCCUGUGGAAAGCACAAGAGAGUGCUCAUCUUUCCCUCUUACAUGACCACGGUCAUCGAAUACGUCAAGCCCUUUGACCUGAAGAAGGACAUGAACGAGACCUUCAAGGAGAAAUUCCCCCACAUUCGUCUCACUCUAAGCAAGAUACGGAGCUUGAAAAGAGAGAUAAAAAAACUGGCCCAGGAUGAAUGCGGGUAUGAGGAGCCGACUGUGGCCAUGGCUUUUGUCUACUUUGAAAAACUCGUUCUUCAAGGCAAGCUGAACAAACAGAACCGCAAACUCUGCGCUGGAGCCUGCGUCCUCCUGGCAGCCAAGAUUGGCGGUGAUCUUAAGAAGCACGAGGUCAAGCUUCUUAUCGAUAAACUGGAGGAGCGAUUCCGGGUGAACCGCAGAGAGCUGAUAGCGUUCGAGUUUCCUGUCUUGGUGGCACUGGAGUUCAACCUGCACCUGCCUGAACACGAGAUCAUGCCUCACUACAGACGCCUGCUGCAGACCUCUUAGCAUUGGUAAACCAUCAGGAGGACAGCAGCUGGGUUCUCCUGAUCUGCCCCCCAACCUUCUAGGAUUCAUCCCCCUCCUCCUUGUGACCACUACAGAUGAAACCCUUCUAUUCUCUCAUUUCACUAUGAUUCGCCAAAAAGACUCUUAUUUUUAUUUUUUCAUAUAUACUAUCACUACAUGGACUUCUUACCAGUUUGUAUCCCAUCUGCUUUACUUCAAGUAAAUUUUCUCUUGUUGAUUAGGAGAACUUUUUUA